GCCUCAGUCUUGCACACUCCUCGUCUCUGAUUACCUCCAGCGCCACUAUCCCACCUGUUCUCCAAGUUGGGUCCUGUCCAGGUGUUCCGCGCUCGCCCAGAAGUCCGGAGAGGCUCUGCCUGUCGCCGCGUGUCACAUUUCCCCACUGAAAAUCACAGUGAGAGCUCUGAGUGUCUCGGAAUCCUGAAAUGGGGUUGGUGUCAUUUGAGGACGUAGUGGUGGACUUCACCUGGGAGGAGUGGCAGGAGCUGGACGCUGUUCAGAGGGCCCUGUACAGGGAUGUGAUGCUGGAGACCUACAGCAGCCUGGUGUUCCUGGGGCACUGUAUGAACAAACCUGAGUUGAUCUUCAAGUUGGAGCAAGGACUUGGGCCAUGGAAUGUAGCAGAAGCCUCAGACAGGAGCCUCCCAGAUUUUCACAUAUCAACUGCACCAAUUGUGACCACCAAGAAAAAUCACAAGGCAUAUGUGUGGCAAGCUAGAACCACCCGAAACAAGACAAAUGAAAAGAUUGCAGAGCUAAAGGAGCAACAGAAGAUCCAGCAAGAGUCAAAAUCCUGUGAAAGAGAGGCACAUGGGAAGAUAUUUGAUCAGAAAUCCCAGAGCACUGGGAUUCAGAUGUCUCCUACGUAUCAGACAGCUCUCCAUUAUAAGGCAACUCUCACUAAAGGUCAGAGACUUCAUAAAGGGGAGCUAAGCCGUGAGUAUGAGGAAUACAGGAAAACCAUCUUCCAGAACUCACAUGUUACAGUAUGUCAGAAAACUCAUAUAGAUAUAAAGCUUUGUGGAUGUACAGAAUGUGGAAAAGCUUUCUCUUGCAACUCAGAACUCACAAGUCCUCCAAGAACUCACAUACGUAAGAGGCCCUAUAAGUGUAAGGAAUGUGGGAAAGCCUUCUGCUCUCAGGGGAAACUUACUUUACAUCAAAUAGUUCACACAGGUGAGAAGCCCUAUGAAUGUACAGAAUGUGGGAAAGCCUUCUCCCACAAGGCAUACCUCACUCAGCAUCAGAAAAUUCACAUGAGCAAGAAGCCUUAUGCAUGUGCUGAAUGUGGGAGAGCCUUCUACCGCUUAUCACACCUUACUUUGCAUCAGAGAACUCACACAAAGGAGAAGCCCUAUGAUUGCACAGAAUGCCAAAAAUCUUUCUACUGCCGGUCACAGCUUACUGUCCAUCAGCGAACUCAUACAGGUGAGAGGCCUUUUGGGUGCAUGGAAUGUGGAAAAUCUUUCUACUACAAGGCACACCUAACUCGACACCAGAGAAUUCACAGCAACGAGAAGCCUUUUGAAUGUAUAGAGUGUGAGAAAUCCUUUUACUGUCAGUCAGACCUCACUGUGCAUCAACGAUCUCACACAGGUGAGAAGCCCUAUGAAUGUAUGGAGUGUGGGAAAUCAUUCUACAAGAAGUCAAAACUCAUUCUCCAUCAAAGGAAUCAUGUAGGCGAGAAGCCUUAUCCAUGCACAGACUGUGGGAAAGUUUUCUAUUGCAAAUCACAUCUCACUCUCCAUCAGACAGUCCAUACAGAUGAACACCCAUAUGUAUGUACAGAGUGUGGGAAGUGUUUCUACUAUAAGUCACAGCUCAUUGUCCAUGGAAGAACUCACACAGGUGACAGACCCUACAAAUGUGAAGAGUGUGGGAAAGCUUUCUCCCGAAAGCUACACCUCAUUCGACAUCAAAGCAUUACUCACACAGAUAAGAACAAUUUGAAUGUAGCAAAUGUGGGAAAGGUUUCUACUGCAAGCCACCACUCACUUUAUAACGUCACUGAACGUGAGCAUGUGCCAGGCAUUUUAAAGGAAAAGAACGCAGGAUAGCUUUCUACUUCAAGGUACAAGUAACAGCAGUGGACAACUCAGAUGAAGAGCCCUGUGAAUGGGAAGAAAGGGAAAACUUUAUACUGGAAAGCUGUGAGAAAGAACUCUGAAAACAUGAGUUCAAAAUACAGUUUCUCAACUGUGCAAAAUACAAGGAUGCAAUAUGAAUUAUACGAGGGGCUUCACAAACCUGAAAGAACAGAGGCUGCUGCACUAUGACCCAGGUUGUAAGAAAGAUACAAAGGCAGGCAGAUUCCUAAGUUCAAGGUCAGCCCGGGACAGAGCAAGGACAGGCCCAGGUGUGGUGGAAAUUGUAAUCUCAGGACCAGAUCCUACCCAGCUGUCUGUGCUUAACAAAAACAGGCAGAUCUCUGAAUUCAUUUGCAAUGUUUAAAGAAAGAAAGAAACAAAGAAAUGUGUUUGCUGUCUCUGUCUAAGAAUCAAGGGGCUGGAGUCAGGGGAUGCUGAUUCAUGGGAUAAUCCAAAGGGAACCUGGAGUAAAUGACUGAACUGAUAUGAAAAUAGAAGAUUGUUCUGCAAGAGAUAAGCUAUCCAGAGUUUUCAAAAUUGUUUUCAAGCAAAAGAGAGAGCUGUUUUUAGCAGAGGGCUGUCUUAAAAGCUGUCUGGAGCAGAACACAGCCAGUCUGUCAGCUUGUACCCCGUGAUUGACUUUGAGUCGUUUUUUCACCACUCUCAUUUCAAUACCCCUUCUUUCAGGAAACCUCCCCCCCUCCCCCAAGCCAAAGCUGGUCCUUGGCACAGAAAACCUGAGUUGGAUUCCCAGGUCCACUGCUAGCAGGAACUCCAGCUCCAGCUGGUUCAAUAUCCUUGAAUCUCCCUCUGCAGCUAUAGAAGAUGGCUAAGGCCAGGCACGUGCUGGGGUGUCCCUGCAUGGAAGUCCAGAGAGGCUAUUGUGUGAAAGUGUGAAGGGGAAGACUGGACUGCCUGGAGAGGUGCCAGAUCUGUGGGAUACCUGCCCAGGAAAGCUACUAGCAGGGAGUGGAACCAGCCCACAAGAAAGAAGUUUGUUGCAGUCAACAAAGCUAAAAGGAGUUGGAGAUCUGAAGAGCAUUUUGACAUCGGACAUGGAGAUGCGGAGUGUGGAGUCUACCAGCUGUUUUCCAGUCUUGCCUUGGUCCAGUGUCUCCUCACUGUGCUCCCUUCCCUGUGUUUUGAAAUGGUGAUGUGUAUCCUGUGCCAUGAUACAUUGGAAAACCCACCCCACACUGAUGAAGGAUGUACCUUAGGGGACCAGACUGGGACUUCAACACAGCCGAAGGGCACCAAAAAGGAACAGCACCAGUGGCUAGAAGUGAAACCCUGGCUGACAAGGCUGCUAAGGAGGUACCCUGAAGGGACCAGCCGCCUCUGUACUGGCCAGUGUCUCGCUGGAACCACUCAGUCCCAACCUGCCAGAGCAACCAGGCUUUACAGAAGGGAAUAAAAACCAGCCCGUGAGUCCAUGUCUAGAGGGCUGGUGGCAAUCGACUGAAGGUAAGCUAAUGUUGCCUACCACUUUAGCAAGAACCAUUCUCAGAAAAUUCGAGAGUCACUCACAGUGGGCAUCAGAGGAAUGGCAGAUGUAGUCAAUCUGAAGUGACUUUCAAGGAUAUACAGAGCACCCCUGAGGAUAUAGUGAUAAACUGUAAAGCUUAUCAGCUGACCAAUACUCUUAGGCAAACAUCCAGGUUCCCAACUGUGAGGUAAGAGACCAGGGGGCUACUGGGAAAUUGAUUUCACAAAGGUCAAGCUGGGAAGGUAUGGCUACAAGUAUCUGCUAUUUGUGGACACUAUAUCUGAGUGGACAGAGGCGUUCCCAACUAAGGCUGAAACAGCAAAGGGAGUGGUCAAGGAAUUGCUGGAGGACAUUUUACCCUGGUAUGGAUCUCCUCUUAUAAUAUGGUCAGACAGUGGACUGGCAUUUGUGUCCAAGCAGGCCUGAUUCCGGAACCAGGAGACUGGGUCUAUGUGUGGAGAUUUCACCAAGAUGGGCUUGAACCCAGGUGGAAGGGACCUUACAUCAUCCUGUUGGAACACCCCUACUGCCAUCAAAGUGGAUGGGAUUACCACCUGGAUGCAUUACACU